AUGGGUUGGGCGAUCGCGCUGCACGGCGGCGCCGGGGACAUCCCGCGCUCGCUGCCGCCCGAGCGCAGAGAGCCCCGCAUGGCGACGCUCCGCCGCUCUCUUGACCUCGCCGUCGCAGCGCUCCAGGCCGGCCGGACCGCCCUCGACGUCGUCGAGCUCGUAGUGCGGGAGCUGGAGAACUGCCCGCACUUCAACGCCGGAAAGGGAUCCGUGCUGACGAGCGACGGCACUGUCGAGAUGGAGGCCUCCAUAAUGGACGGCAACACCAUGAGGUGCGGCGCCGUCUCGGGCCUCUCCACCGUCGUCAACGCCAUCUCCCUCGCCAGGCUCGUCAUGGAGAAGACGCCCCACAUCUACCUCGGAUUCCAUGGCGCCGAGGCAUUUGCAAGGGACCAGGGUGUGGAGACCAGGGAUCCAGGCCACUUCAUUACAGACGAAAAUAUUGAGAGGCUCAGGCUAGCAAAACAGGCCAACAGGGUGCAGAUCGACUACACUCAGCCGAUGAAAGCCCAACCUCCCACAGACGACAACAGCCGGAUCGGCACGGUGGGCUGCGUGGCCAUCGACUCCUCCGGCAACCUGGCGACGGCGACGUCCACUGGCGGUCUCGUGAACAAGAUGGCUGGCAGGAUCGGCGACACCCCGAUCAUCGGCGCGGGCACCUACGCCAGCCCUCUCUGCGCGGUGUCUGCCACGGGCAAGGGCGAGUCCAUCAUCCGGCACACGGUAGGGCGCGAUGUGGCCGCCCUGAUGGAGCACCGGGGCCUGCCGCUGAAGGAGGCUGCCGCGCGCGUCGUAGCAGGCGUGCCCAGAGGCGACGUCGGCCUGGUGGCCGUGUCGGCCGCCGGGGAGGUUACCAUGGUGUACAACACGUCAGGAAUGUUCAGGGCCUGCGCCACGGAGGAUGGCUACUCCGAGGUUGGCAUAUGGCCCGAGGCUGAUUCUGAUGCUAAUGCUAAUGAUGGGAAUUAGUAUAUUGGAGAGUAAACAUGAUUGUGUGUGUUUUCUUUCUC